GCUGCCUCCCGUGCCAGGAUGGCGGCGCUCUUCCAGGUUCUUGCAGUGGCUCUCCUCUCCGCUUAUGCCUCUUCCCAGCUUCAUCAAGAACCAGAGCACUGGCAAGACGACUAUGUUAGUGACGUCUGUGACCAUAGCGAUACCCACCGUGCCCACUCCUUUGAACUUCCGGCCUUUCUGCCAACUGACGAGGUAGACGAAGAUGACGGUGAGGAUGAGGACGAAGACGACAGUGAGGAUGAGGACGACGACCCCCUGGGGCACUUUUCUGACAUCUUGAAGAAACAGACGCUUGAGGAGGGGAUUGACGAAGAAGUGAUCUCGCUCCUGCUCUCGGAACUCAUAGGCGAUGACGAGGACGAGGAACAUGAAAGUGAAGAAGACACCGAAGAGGAACAAGUCGUACGCGAGUUAAGGAGGGAGAAAAGGUCUCCUGCGAGAAGCUCCUCCAGUAGGUCUUCCUCCUCUCGAUCGAGAGGAAGUGGGUGGUUGGGCAGAAGGUCUAGCAGUUCGUCGUCGUCUUCGUCUUCGUCGUCCGGCAGCAGUAGCCGAAGUUCUGGCGGGUGGUUCAGAAGAAGCAGCUCUUCUGGUAGCAGAAGCAGCAGUAGUAGCAGCAGCAGCAGUGGUAGUAGCAGUGGAAGCAGCAGCAGCACUGGAACAAGCAGCACAGGAACAAGCAGCACUGGAGGAGGCUCAUAUGGAUGGAACACUGGAAACAACCGAGGCACUGCCACGGGUGCAACAGGUGCUGGGGUUGCAACAGGUGUCUCCACUGGCACUUCGGGUACGAGGCCUGGCUAUCCCACGCAGCCAGGAUACCCCUCACAACCUUACAAUCCUAAACCGGGAUAUCCCACGCAACCGGGUUCUGCUACCGGCUACCCAAGCGGCACAGUCCCUAACAGUGGCUACCCAAGCGGCACAGUUCCUCAUAGUGGCUACCCAAGCGGUUCAGUCCCUCAUGGUGGCUACCCAAGUGGAACAGUCCCUAACAGUGGCUACCCAAGCGGCACAGUUCCUCAUAGUGGCUACCCAAGCGGUACAGUCCCUCAUGGUGGCUACCCAAGCGGUACAGUCCCUCAUGGUGGCUACCCAACGGGAUCCCAGCCUGCCUCUGGAUAUCCAACCGGAACAAAUCCCGUUUCUGGAGGCAUUAGACCUGGGGCCGGAUACCCUGCUGGCCCUCAGCCCGCGCCGGGAUACCCAACUGGGACACAGCCGGGCUCUGGGUACCCUGGAAACACGCGUCCAGUUGCAGGAUACCCAUCUGGCCUUCAACCCGCGCCAGGAUACCCGACUGGAACACAGCCAGGUGUCGGGUAUCCUGGAAACACUCGACCAAUUGGAGGCUACCCUGGGUAUCCAGGUAGCACAGGCUUUUCGACUGGCUACGGAGGAUAUCCUGCAAGAGGCUAUACCGCGGGAGGAUAUUCCUCUGGUGGAUACGCCACUGGGUUCCCAGCCGCCGGCUAUGCAGCGGGGGGAUUCGCCGGGUAUCCCGCAGGAGGGUUCCCGAUGCCCAAGAGGAAGAAGUCGAAGAAGGAGAAGGUGAAGGAGGUGGUGAACAAGGCCGUCACCGGCUACCUCGCGCACAAGGCCGCCAAGAAGAACAAGUUCCUCAACCCUUCGCACAUCCACGGCUUCGGCCACGGGCGCGGCGGCGGCUUUCACGGGAUGGGCGGCAAGUUCGGCGCGGGCGCCUUGGGCGGGCUCGCCGUCGGGAAGACCGCCAAGACGCUCCUGGGUGCCUACAUGAAGAUGAAGAUCGCCAAGUACGCCCUCAAGUUUGGAGCCGAGGCCGCCAAGGCUUACUUCCAGUACAAGCUGCACAGGGAGCUCGACGACUACACCAUCAACAAGUUCAUCCACAGGUACCACCAGCAGCGCGUCAGCAGCUUCGGGCGACGGCGCUACCACAGCAACCACCGCGAGAAGCCCGACUCCGACGAGGGCGCCGCCAACAUCACGCUGGGUGAAUUCUGUUACCGGCCUUGCAUGCCCAACGACACUCGCACCUGCCAGUUCACAUUUGAGGUUCAUCUCUACCAGACCCUAUCAAGGGCGUGCUACAAGUGUCCCAGCAACGCCACAGACUGCGAAAGACCGGAAUGUGUGGUCGGAGACGGGACGCGCAGGAUGGUCACGGCGGUGAACAAGGGAAUACCAGGACCGACUAUUCAGGUGUGCGUCGGCGACAAGGUUCUCGUAGACGUCCUGAACGAUAUGCCAUCCACCGCCGUCACUCUCCACUGGCACGGUCUCACGAUGGGUCCCUCCUUCGCCGUGCCCCGAGCCGAGAAGACGCCCUUCAUGGACGGCACUCCGGGCAUCACGCAGUGCCCAGUGGGUCCCUCGUCCGGGUUCAGGUACUCCUUCAUCGCUUCUAAUCCUGGCACUCAUUUCUGGCACGCGCAGACAGGUCUUGAACGCGGCGACGGUGUGUUCGGCCCACUCAUUGUGCACCAGUCACAUGAAAAUGAUCCUUACCAAAAAUUGGCACAACAUAUCAUGACGAUCAAUGACUGGUUCCACUCCUCGACGCAGUCCAAGUAUGUCCUCCAGCAGCACAGCAACCAGGAGGCCAAACCCAAGUCAAUUCUGAUCAACGGCCGCGGACCCCAGAAGCACGACGCGGAUGAAGUCGCUCGAGUCCCGUACUCAAAGUUCAUAGUGGCUAAUGACACCCGCUACCGCAUGCGGGUCAUCAACGCUGCGGUCACCAAUUGCCCCGUGACUGUGACGGUGGACAGCCACGACUUCGUUCUCCUCGCGGCAGAUGGCAGCCUCGUGUCGCCCAUGAACACCACGUCACUCCUCAUCUAUCCAGGAGAGAGAUACGACGUACUGAUCGCUGCGGAGCAACAGACCUCUCCUGACGGCGGCGUCUUCUGGGUCCGCGUGCAGGGAGGGAACGACUGUGGGCACCUUCAGCAGUACGCACUUCUCCAGUACCUGCCCACGAACUUCUCCUUCGCCGAAGCUCCGCCCACCGUCCCUCCGCAGACCACGCCCACUCCCAAAACCCCACCUGCGCCAGGAUCGCAAGACUUCAGCGGGGCAUGUGGCACCGAGGGGCAGCGUUGUGUCACUGGUCUCAGGUCACCCGCCGAUCUGCCAGCCUCCCUUCAGGUCACCAAAGCAAAUACAACAUUCUACCUUGCCUUCUCCUCCAAGCAAAUUCACAACGAGAAUUUCUACUCCAUUCUCCUCUACGACAUCUAUGAAGAGACCGACCCUACGAAGCGACUGUCAACACCCCAGAUCAACAGCCUGAGCUUCCGAGCACCGCCCAUCCCCCUCCUGGUCAACCACCGCCCACUCAAAUCCGAGAACUGCAGCAGCGAGGGCGUGAGGCGAGGGCACUGCACCGCCGACUUCUGCGAGUGCCUCCACGUCCUGCAGGUUUCGAUUGGGGCCGUCGUGGACCUCGUGCUCAUCGGAGAGGGACCCGCUAAUGGGACUUCCCAGGUGGUGCAUCUCCACGGCUUCAAGUUCUGGGUCCUGUCUCAAGUGGCGGCCGAAGACGUACCCACGCCGACCAUGACGACUACGACUACGACUACCACCACAACGACCCCAUCCCCCAACGGAGAUUCAGAAGACAGCGCUGAUAUUCCCCUUGUAGGCGACGAGCUUGUAAGCGGCGAGCUUGUAGGCGACGAGUAUCUCUCAAGGGAUAAGGUGAUGCAACUUGACACGGAAGGGAAACUGAAACGGUACGUAUUGGACCCCGUGGCCAAGGAUACCGUCACUAUUCCGCCAGGAGGGUACACCAUCGUCAGGAUCGUCGCCGAGAAUCCCGGAUUCUGGAUGCUUGAGAGUCAGGUCCUCUUCAAUGCAAUGGCGGGCCAGAGCCUCAUCUUGCAAGUCGGCAACACUGCAGAUUUCCCUAAAGCACCAAAAGACUUCCCCUCGUGUUAAAUCUGUUAAACCAUUUAUUUUACGGUUGUCUUCCUCUCUGUCUGUCGCUUUUUCUUUCCCUUAUCUAAUAAUCUUCUUCCUAUCCUUCUACUCUUCUGUCUCAUCUACUUUUUUAUGCAUAAUCUUUGCAUGUUUCCUAUUCCUAAAUCCUACAUUCUCUAUCAUUCCGUCCGUGUCUUUCCUACUAAUCAGAUCUCUCUCUCUCUCUCUCUCUCUCUCUCUCUCUCUCUCUCUCUCUCUCUCUCUCUCUCUCUCUCUCUCUCUCUCUCUCAUCUAGUCCUUGCAUUUUAUUUUCCAUAAGCCGAGGGUCUUUCUUCUCCCGUGUUGUAGUGAUAGUCUCGUAACUACUGUAGUCGUACUAGAAAAUAAUUCAUAAUUCCCAGCACAAGAAAGUAGUUUGAAGGAGGAAGUGCGGGUAUGCUCACGCUAUUUUAUUACUUAGUAAGAAAAAUAACGAAUGAAAACAAUUUAUUCACGCGACGAUUUCUAUCAAUUUCGUAAAUAUGUGGAGGUUAUUUCAUAAGACAUAGCAUUAAGUAGAAAUAGUGUCCUACAUGACGGAGCAAAAUAACCUGUUAUCCAUUUAAAAAAAAUAAACAGAAACAGGAAACAGGGAAACAGGAGUAUGACAUGUAACUGUCGUACUCAAGGAGGUAAAUGAUGGUGUAAUAGGGACGCGUCACUUAUUUUUUAUUAAUUUCACAUUCUCAUUUAUUAAAAUAUGGUUAUUUCUAGACUUAAUUCUAUUCUAUAUGGUGUACAACAAACUAUACAGUACCUUAAGUAAUAUCCCUUCAGAAUGGUAAAUAAAAUUAUAAAAA